CUCUCUCUCUUGUGCUAAAGGUCAGGUUACUGUGUUUUUUAUCUGCACGGUGCAGUCAUUCAUGCAGCUGCUCUCUUAACCCGUGCCACAGUGAGUUUUCUCUUUUGCAUCACAACAUGUUAGUGAUUUGUAAGAUUGCAUGGGACAUUUGGGAAAAGGGAAGUUAGAUUUGGCUUUGAAGUGCACAGUUUGAUGCACAGUGCAGAAUCAGAAUUGUUUGGUAUUUUAGAACUUGAAAAAAAAUCUAGGAAAUAAACACAGUGACCAGAUUCAUGAGGGGUACCAGGUGGACUGAAGCCUGUUAUGAACCUCAUGUCCUACAGUGACAUCUCGUGGACACAGUGGUCAAAUCCACUUGAUUAGUAAAAUCAAAAAAUAAGAUAAUUAGCUUACAGCAUGGCUUAAUGAGAUGUCUCAUCCUCACCUUCAUUAUUUGUGCAGCAGAUCAGUGGACUCAUCUCUUCUUUGCACAUAAAACGUUUUUCUCACAAAUCCGUGUCUUAAUCCACAGAUCUGAAAUAUGACUCGUCGUGUGGCAGUGAUUGGAGGAGGUUGUUCAGGUCUGGCCUGCAUCAAGUGUUGUUUGGAUGAAGGACUGGAGCCCGUCUGCUAUGAAAGCAGUGAUGACUUUGGUGGUCUGUGGAGGUUUAAGGAGAAUCCAGAGCCAGACAGAGCCAGCAUCUACCACUCUGUCAUCAUCAACACCUCCAAGGAGAUGAUGUGUUUCAGUGAUUUUCCCAUUCCUCGACACUUCCCCAACUUCAUGCACAACUCCCUCAUCAUGGACUACUUUCGAAUGUAUGCGGACAACUUCCAGCUCACCAAGUACAUAUGCUUCAAUACCAAAGUCUUGCAGGUGAAGCAGAGAUCAGAUUUUUCUCAUUCGGGCCAGUGGGAUGUUGAGACAGAGAACAAGGACGGCAAAAAGGAGAAACACAUUUUUGAUGCUGUGAUGAUCUGUAUUGGACAUCACUGCCACCCCAAUAUGCCCCUACAUGACCUCCCAGGCAUUGACACUUUCAAGGGAAAGUAUUUCCACAGCCGAGACUACAAGACUCCUGAGGAGUGGAGGAAUAAGAAGGCUGUAGUGAUUGGAAUAGGGAACUCUGGAAUAGACAUAGCAGUGGAAUUGAGCAGAGUCACCAAGCAGCUUUACCUGAGCACACGAAGAGGAGCCUGGAUUCUGAACCGAGUCGGGGAAAAUGGGCUACCACUUGACAUGCUUUUUAACAGGGUGUUAUAUUCUAUGCAAAGAAUCCUUCCCUUUAGUUUUUUCUGUGAUUUAGGAGAGAGACAACUCAACCAAAGAUUUGACCACGCUCUGUACAAUCUUAAACCAAAGCACAGGUUGUUCAGCCAACAUCCCACAGUGAAUGACGAGCUUCCCAACCGCAUCCUGUCAGGAACAGUUCAAGUGAAGCCCAACAUCCGCAGAUUUCAGGGGUCCAAUGUGGAGUUUGAUGAUGGGAGUGUAGUGGAGGAUGUUGACCUGGUGGUGUUUGCCACAGGUUACAGGUUUUCCUUUCCAUUCCUGGCCUCACAAGUCGUCACAGUGACUGAGAACAAAGCAUCUCUGUACAAGUACGUGUUUCCUCCUGAGUUGGCCCGCCCUACUCUGGCUAUCAUUGGUCUAGUGCAGCCACUGGGGGGCGUUAUGCCCAUCUCUGAGAUGCAGGCCAGAUGGGCCACACGCGUCUUUAAAGGCUGCAUCAAGCUUCCUUCAGUGGCUUCCAUGUUAAAGGAUAUCCAAUGCAAGGAGGAGACAAUGGCCAAAAGGUAUGUCACCAGUCACAGACACACCAUCCAAGUCGACUAUGUCGAAUACAUGGAUGAGAUAGCGAAGAUGGUGGGAGUACUACCCAACUUCCUGAGGCUGCUGCUGACUGAUCCCAGGGUGGGACUGAAUGUGAUAUUUGGCCCCUGCACGCCAUACCAGUAUCGUCUCAGAGGUCCAGGAAAGUGGGCUGGAGCUCGUGAGGCCAUCCUCACUCAGUGGGAGAGAGUUGCUCAACCCAUGCAGACCAGGCCCUGCGAUGAACCCCAAUGCAAACAAUCACAUGCAUGGCUUUUGAUGAUCUCAGCUGCUGUGAUGGGCUUGGCUGCCUACAUUUUUAUUUUUUUUUAAAUAUCGUUUUUUGGCCUUGAUAGGACAGCUGAAGAUCGACAGGAAACAUGGGGAGAGAGAUGGGGAAUGACAUACGGGAAAGGGCCACACAGGUCGGGACUCGGGGCCCCCGCAGCGAGCCUUCGCAUAUGGGGCGGCUGCUUUCCAUCUUUCCUACAAGACCCUGCUGCACUGUUGGACAAGAUAAAAGUGUACUGGCCUGCACAGUGAUGUGCAAUUCAUGCUGUCCAUUUCAGCACUCAUCAACACUAAGCAUACAGUACAUGAAUGUAAUUUCUAGACUGUACUACCCCCAACUCCUGAAAGGCAUACUAUGCUUUUAUGGGGUUAGGGUUAUGGUUAUUCAUUCUAAAUGUAACUUGCAUCAUCCUGUUGCUUUCUACACUAAAGUAUAAAAUCACUAUGUUU